AUGUCUUCCUAUGAUGGCUCGCGGUCCGCCCGCCAGUCCAAGCGGUAUUCCAUGUCCGCGCUGUACAUGUCCAUGUCAGCGAACGAUGGCGAGCUUGAAAUUGAGGAUGACCUAGCAAAGGCCCAGAAGAUACUGCGGGAGCUCAAGUCCAAGAUCUCUUCCCAGUCCAAGAAGAACUUUGUGCUCGAGAAAGAUGUGCGCUAUCUCGACUCGCGUAUCGCACUGCUUAUUCAGAACCGCAUGGCACUCGAGGAGCAAAAUGAGGUCGCUAGCCACCUCGAGGAUGCCACCGAUAUGCAAGAGGGUGCCUUUCCCAAUGACGACAAGACGCAAAAGUACGGGAACCUCAUGUUUCUUCUACAGUCCGAGCCUCGACACAUCGCGCACCUCUGCCGGCUCGUCUCCAUGUCUGAGAUCGAUUCGCUGCUACAGACCGUCAUGUUCACCAUUUACGGAAACCAGUAUGAGAGCCGAGAAGAACAUCUCCUCCUGACCAUGUUCCAGUCCGUUCUCACCUACCAAUUCGAUAACACGCCCGAAUACUCGUCGCUAUUGCGUGCCAACACGCCCGUCUCCCGCAUGAUGACGACGUAUACCCGCCGAGGUCCUGGCCAGAGCUUCCUGAAGACUGUCUUGGCGGACAGAAUCAACAACUUGAUCGAACUCAAGGAGCUUGACCUGGAAAUUAACCCCCUUAAGGUUUACGAACGCAUGAUUGAGCAAAUUGAGGAGGAUACUGGUAGCUUGCCGCCUUCACUACCCAAGGGCAUUACGGGCGAGCAAGCCGCCGAGAACCCACAAGUCCAAGCCAUCAUUGAGCCUCGUCUGACGAUGCUGACGGAGAUUGCUAACAACUUCCUCACGACCAUCAUCGAUGGACUCGAGGAGGCGCCGUACGGCAUCCGCUGGAUCUGCAAGCAGAUUCGAAGUCUAACGAAGCGGAAGUACCCUGACGCCAAUGACCAGGUCAUCUGUACGCUCAUAGGAGGGUUCUUCUUCCUUCGGUUUAUCAACCCAGCCAUCGUGACGCCCAAGUCGUACAUGCUCAUCGACGGACAGCCAGCGGAGCGGCCGAGGAGGACGCUGACAUACAUCGCCAAGAUGUUGCAAAACCUCGCUAACAAGCCUUCGUACGCCAAGGAGCCGUACAUGUCCAAGCUCCAGCCGUUCAUCCAGGCAAACAAAGAUCGCGUCAAUAAGUUCAUGCUAGACCUUUGUGAAGUACAAGACUUCUAUGAGAGCUUGGAAAUGGACAACUACGUGGCGUUGUCGAAGAAGGAUCUCGAGCUCUCCAUCACGCUCAAUGAAGUGUACGCCAUGCACGCGUUAAUUGAGAAACACCACAACGAGCUCUGCAAGGACGACAAUUCGCACUUGUCCAUUAUCAUGGCUGAGCUCUCCGCCGCUCCCCCACAGGUCCCCCGCAAGGAGAACAGGGUCCACAACCUGCCACUGUUCAGCAGGUGGGAGACGGCCAUCGACGACCUCACGGCCGCGCUUGACAUCACGCAAGAAGAGGUAUACUUUAUGGAAGCCAAGUCCAUCUUCGUGCAGAUCAUGCGGUCGAUUCCCUCCAAUAGCAACGUGGCACGACGGCCGCUGCGUCUCGAAAGGAUUGCGGAUGCGGCGGCUACGAGCCGCAAUGACGCAGUUAUGGUGCGUAAAGGCAUUCGGGCGAUGGAGCUGCUCUCCCAGUUGCAGGAGCUCAGGGUCAUCGACAAGAGCGACCAUUUUGGCCUACUGCGCGAUGAGGUAGAGCAGGAGUUGCAGCAUCUCGGCUCCCUCAAGGAUGCUGUCAUCAAGGAGACGGAGAAGCUUGAUGAGGUUUACAAGACUAUCCGCGAUCAUAACACAUAUCUCGUCGGGCAGUUGGAGACAUACAAGAGCUACCUGCACAACGUGCGGUCGCAGAGUGAGGGCACCAAGCGGAAGCAGCAAAAGCAACAGGUGCUAGGUCCCUACAAAUUCACGCACCAGCAGCUCGAGAAGGAGGGCGUGAUCCAGAAGAGCAACGUUCCCGACAACAGGCGGGCCAACAUUUACUUCAACUUCACGAGCCCGCUGCCGGGCACCUUUGUCAUCUCACUGCACUACAAGGGGCGCAACCGAGGCCUCCUUGAACUCGAUCUGAAGUUGGACGAUCUUCUUGAGAUGCAAAAGGAUAACCAGGACGACCUUGACCUGGAAUACGUACAAUUCAACGUGCCCAAGGUGUUGGCGCUUCUGAACAAGCGCUUCGCGCGGAAAAAGGGAUGGUAG